AUGGCGUUUGAUGAUGUCUACAAUGUCGAAAUCGCUUUACCCGAUUGGUCUGAGGACUUUCCUUCUGAUUCGAGGUGUAACUCGAGUUCUGUGUCGCACCGUCCACUCUCUGUGUAUACCAGACUACUUCGAAAUCGUUCUGGAAAGAUUAUUAAUCGUAUAUUUUCAGCUAAAAGGUCCAAAUCAAAUCCAAAUUACAAUGGUUCUUCAUCAGAAAGGUCAAACACCAACUUCCUAUCAAUAGGAACUCAAACAUUGGAAUGUGGUGAAGAGAGUUGGAAUUGUGAUCAGGAAACAUCUGAUCAAUCUGAUGAUGCCAUUAAUGAAAAAGUUCGGAAGAAUGUCUUUGUGGAGCCGCUUUUAAAUGAAUCUGAACGACUAACUGAUUUAGAAAAUUGUUUAAAUGGAAUAAAAUUAAGUGGUGGUAAUGAUUCUGAUGCCUGCGAAUUUGGCGUGGAAAUGGAAGAUGAUUACAUUUCGGAGGACCAGGCUAUCAUUACAAUUAGCAAACCAAAUUCGGAAAUCAUCAAGUUACCACCAAUUAUAAAUUCCUUAUUUCCCGAAAUCCCCCCUUUCAUUCGAUUUGCCAAGGACAAUGAAGAGAUAAUUCUAUUCCCCAACUCGGUUUCGAAAAAGCUUAUUUGGAGAAAUUCACAAAUUACUCCCAACGUACUCAAACGAGCAUUGGAAAGGUCUCAUUUCAAAUUAACUAAUCGAAACAGUACGGAGUGGAUUGGAUAUUUCGGUCGACACAUUCCUUCUGCUCUAUUCCGUCAAUUAAAGGAAUACCAAAAGUUGAAUCACAUUCCUGGUUCUUUUGAACUGGGCCGGAAAGACCAAUUGACUAGAAAUAUAAACAAAAUACGCAACCGAUUUUGCGGGGACGUUUAUAACUUUUACCCAACCACAUUCCUUCUGCCCCCUGAGUACCCGAGUUUCAAAAAUGCAUAUAGACUUUCAUUUAAUAACAAAAGGAAGUCAAGUAACACAUGGAUUAUUAAACCGCCAGCCAGUUCAAGAGGAAGAGGCAUAUACUUAGCAAACAAAUUGGGAGAUAUCCCAAAGCGUAAGAAAGUGGUGGCGCAAAAGUACAUCUCAGACCCCUAUCUGAUCAACGGAAGCAAGUUCGAUCUUCGGCUGUAUGUCUAUGUGACGAGUGUGGAUCCUUUGAGGAUUUACAUUCAUCGAAACGGUCUCGUUCGUUUCGCUUCCCAAAAAUAUUCUGCUUCUCAAGAGGAACUUGGCAACAAAUUUAUUCAUCUUACAAACUUUUCGAUAAACAAAAAGAAUGCGAAUUACAGGCCACCAGAUGAAUCCCUUGAAAAUUUCUCGCAUAAAUGGCCUCUUGAUGACCUAUGGCGUUAUCUAAAGGCCAAGGGUCAUGACAUUGAAAAGCUCUGGGAAGAUAUUAAGGCCAUUGCCUUCAAGACAAUAGCAACUGCAACUUGUAAAAUGGCCAGUAUGGUUGCACAGCACGUUAGAUGUCGAGAAAGUACUCACGAAAUCUUUGGUUUUGAUGUAAUUCUUGACUCAAAACUGCGUCCGUGGCUGUUGGAGGUCAAUAUUUCUCCGAGCUUUCAUACGCCAACAAAGAUUGACAAUGAUAUCAAAGCUGAGGUAGUUGUAGAUCUUCUCAACCUCGCCGGCUUUCGUCUACCUCCAAAAGAAGAAACGGAAAAUAAUAGUCGCGUCCAGAGUUCCAUACGAAACCCUUCCAAAGAAAGAAAACAAUCUGAAUUGAUUACUCUAUCCAGUGCAAGUGUAAAAGAUGGAACGGACGGAAUGGAUCAAAAUUUACCCUUUCAUAAAAUCGAUCAGCUGCGAUAUAUUUUGACUGAGGCAGAAAAGGCGAAACAUCGAUUUUAUUCCACAAGAACACAGUUUCCAUCGGAAAUAAAGACAAUAUUGGAUGAACCGACUACGGAUGAUGUAUUGGCAUUGGCAACAACGCUUAAUGAGUGGUACCGAGCUUCUCUGGGUCGUUUUGAGCGAAUAUAUCCACAGAGGUCUCCAGAGGUUGCCAAGAUGCUGAAUUUAAUUUACAUGGAAUGUGACAGGCUAACUCAAGGACUUGGAAGCCACAAAUACUACGACGCACUCAUUUUUCAAUUCCUUCAACGAUUUUCAAUAAAUGAAAAGUCUACUGUGGAGGAAAAGAAGUCGUCCUCAAAUUAUCCCAAGCACAUAGGUGGACAGGAUUUACACCUUCUAUCCAACACUCUGGGAAUAUCCAUCAAGGGAUUGAUGUUUGUUGCGAAGCUCUCGAAAGAACGAUUAUCAGCUGAUCUGGCACAUUCAGACCUCUACAGACUCUCACCUCUUCGAAAACCUUCAAGACCAAAGGUCACGAAAAGAUUUUCUAAAUCUGCGGGAAGGCCAUCCAGUUUGUCGAGUAGUUUUCAGGUGGCGCCCAGGAGCCAUUCAAUUGAAACAUGUAAAUUUGACAAGCAUCCACCAAGUAAACGAAGAUCAAAUGCGAGGAGAAGUUCAAUAAAUUCCGAUCAUUCAAAAAAGGAUACAUUACAGAGAGAAUAUGUUAAGAAUUCAAGAUCAAGGUCGGCUAAAUUAUACUCCAGGAAACUCUCGCUAGAGUAA